AAACCACUCCGUGUACCUCAUCUCUGUGCUGCUGCUCAAGUCUCCAAACAAGCGACGAGCAACUGGGAUCUCUACACGCUAACUUCCUUUCUGGAGCCCCCGAGUGGAGGUCCUGAAAUGGGAUUUGGUUCCUCUCAGAUGACUGAAGAGCUACAUAAAAAGCAAAAAGAAAUACAGCGUGUUGAAAACUGCAAAUAAGUCUGCCUGUGCAGAAUAUUAAAAAGCUCCUUCCUGUUAAGUAGUCCCCCUCCCCACACCGAGAUGUCAACAGUCACUUCAGCAGCCCCAGAGCCUCCUGCUGUGGCCACCUCUUCUCCCCCUGAGGUCACCAACCCUACCAAACCUGGUCGUAAGACUAACCAGCUGCAAUACAUGCAAAAUGUUGUUGUCAAGACACUGUGGAGGCACCAGUUUGCAUGGCCUUUCUACCAACCUGUUGAUGCUAUUAAGCUUGGUCUUCCGGACUAUCACAAAAUAAUACAGAAACCAAUGGACAUGGGGAGCAUCAAGAAAAGACUGGAGAAUGUGUACUACUGGAGUGCAAGCGAGUGUAUGCAGGACUUCAACACAAUGUUCACAAACUGCUAUAUUUAUAACAAGCCAACCGAUGACAUUGUGUUGAUGGCACAAGCGUUAGAGAAGAUUUUCCUUCAGAAAGUGGCACUGAUGCCUCAGGAGGAGGUUGAGCUUCUUCCUCCUGCCCCGAAGGGCAAAGGCCGUAAACCAGCAGGGCCAGGUCAGGAAGAUGGAGCUGUCUCCUCUGGCUCACCCACCUCUGUCUUCCCUGGAGCCACCUCACCAAGUUCACCGACGGCAGUCGUUUCUACCCCACCCGUACCCUCCAUCCCCCCCAAUAUGCCUGCUGUACAAAACACAACCCCACCCGCAACGAUACCUGGCAUACCCCCGUCGCAACCAGUUGUCAAAAAGAAGGGGGUAAAGAGGAAAGCAGACACAACCACCCCCACUACCUCUGCAAUCACUGCAAGCAGAAGCCAGUCACCCACACCUCUUUCAGAUGGAAAACAAUGCAAGGUGGCAUCAAGACGGGAGAGCACGGGUCGCCCCAUCAAACCCCCUAAAAAGGAUUUUGAGGAUGGUGAAUUAGGUGUGCAAGGAGUCAAAAGGAGUAGACUUACAGAGCAGCUCAAGUACUGCGACGUCAUCCUUAAAGAGAUGCUCUCGAAAAAACACGCUGCGUAUGCUUGGCCCUUUUACAAGCCUGUAGACGCAGAGGCUCUUGAGCUGCAUGACUACCAUGAAAUAAUCAAACUCCCCAUGGACUUAAGUACAGUUAAAAAAAAAAUGGACGGUCGGGAGUACCAGGAUGCACAGAGUUUUGCCACAGAUGUCAGAUUAAUGUUCUCAAAUUGUUACAAAUACAACCCGCCCGAUCAUGAGGUGGUCGCUAUGGCCAGGAAGCUGCAGGAUGUGUUUGAAAUGCGUUUUGCAAAGAUGCCCGAUGAGCCGAUUGAGGUGGCCGGGGCAGGCGGUGUAGCCGGGGCCGGUGUGGUCAGUAAGAGCACUGUCAGCAGUGGGAGCAGUGGAGACUCUUCCAGCUCUGACAGCUCUGACUCCGAGGAGGAGAGGGCCACCCGGCUCGCCGAGCUGCAGGAACAGGUGGGUGCUGAACAGUGUAUCUCUAUGGAGCACCCCAUUGGUAGCAGACAGGGGAUAAAAAACGGGUGCACCAAGAAUAAUCAGCUGAAAGCUGUCCAUGAACAGUUAGCCGCUCUUUCUCAAGCCCCCGUUACCAAACCAAAGAAAAAGAAAGAGAAGAAGGAAAACGACAAGAAAAAGGAGAACAAGCUCAACAAAACAAAGCCUGAGGAGAAGGGUAAGCCAGGGCAACCAGCAAAACCAGCCCAGCAAAAAAAGGGUCCAGCCAGGAAGGCUAACAGCACCCUCACAGGCAACAGGCAACCAAAGAAGGGCGGCAGAGGCUAUGAGUCUGACGACGAGGAGAUGUCGCUUCCCAUGACGUACGACGAAAAACGGCAGUUGAGCCUCGACAUCAACCGACUGCCAGGAGAGAAGCUGGGCCGAGUGGUCCACAUCAUUCAGUCCAGAGAGCCCACGCUGCGGGACUCCAAUCCAGACGAAAUUGAAAUAGAUUUCGAGACGCUCAAACCUUCCACCUUGCGCGAGCUGGAGCGAUACGUCAAGUCCUGUUUACAGAAAAAGCAGAGGAAACCACCACAGAAGGGCGGCUCUGGUCCCUCUCGACUCAGCGGCAGCAGCAGUUCCUCAGAUUCAGGCAGCAGCAGUUCUAGCGGCUCCACUUCAGACAGCAGCGACUCUGACUGAACGCUUUUAUUUACUUUUUUUGUUUUAUUUUUAAAAACAUUGUAUGCAGUCAUGGUUGUUUUCCCUCUGAGACUUUUUAUAAAAAAAAAGAAAAGAGACAAUAGAAAUGCGUCAUGUCAAAACUUUUUUUUGGGAAAUACAAUGAAGAAAAAACAAACAUAUGAAUUGCCUUUCAUUUCCACUGACUCGGAAAGGGACGUCCAAAUCAUCCCGCCUAAAAACCCCUUUGAGGUCUUUAAGCAUUCUUUAAAGUUCAGAUCUUCUUCCCCAGCAUCCAGAUAAUGUGAGAUACCAUCACAAAAAAGCCAUGCCAUCCCAACAGAGAAGAGCAGGAAACUGAAGACUACCCGUUUUUGGGUCUGAUUUUUGUUAUACCCAUUUGUUAUAUUUAUUGUUUUUUCUAUUGUACGUUUUUUCUGUGGCCUCAUUUCUUCAUUGGGCACUGUGCCAUUAUUGUGUUUUCUCCUCGUAUUGCUGCCCUCUGAUAGGUUGGGGAAUAUCAUAGCAAUCCUUAAGGGUGUCUGGGGAACAAAUGGCUUUAAUAAGGCAUAACAAGCCCUUUAUAGUUUAUUUGGUCAUUAUAAUAGCUGAAUCAAUAAUUGUAAACUUUUAACACAGAAUUUCCCUGGGUAACAGACAUGUGGUGUAUAAAAUGCGUUCACAGGAACAAGUAGAAGACUGGUUUAGAUGCAGUUCAUUGACAUGGAUGUUAUUGAGCAAGAUAACAUGCAGACAUCUUCCAGUCUUGUCAGAAAUUAAUGUACAGAAUUAUCAAAGGUUUUACCCUUGACUGACAUUUGUAUGUUGGACAACUCUAGAUGAGACUGAAGUGUUGGCCAUGUGGGUCUCUGGUUAAUGUCAAUUGGAUCUUGCUCUUUACUGCCAUGUGAAGAACAAUGAACAUUUGUCACAUCUAAAUGUUUUCUGCAAAUGUUUUGACAAUAAUAGUUAAAUCACAGUGUCUUCCUCUUCUUAAGUUCAUUAGAAAUUGAUUCAUGAAUGCAAGUAUACAGUAGGUCUUACGAAUAGUUUGGUUCAGAAUUUUUUCAGCCAUCCAUUUGAACUGCUUUGCUAUCAAUCACAUUUAAAAUAACUAUGCGGUUGAUUAUUUUCUGAAGUGUUUGUACAAUAUUGUAAUGUCCUCUGAUUUUUUGAAGCAGUUGUAUUUUAAAGGGAACUGGUAAUCAUUAUUUUUUCUGAUACAUUCGGUUUAGGUGCAGGUGUUUUGAAAAUCUAUAGUUUCCGGAUCUGAUGAUUUUGUUGUUAUUCCGGAGACAAAAUCAAAAUUCAUGAGGGACAUUUUUGACUUGGACUGAUUAAACACUAAUAGAUGUAGUCAAAUCAUAAUUAUUUUAAGUUGAAUCAAGGCGUUUGUGGUUUUGCAGUUGUCUGUCUUAUUUUGGGUGCACAUAAACUAAAAACUAUUUAAAGCUAGUUCCACAUAUCUAAUGCCUACAUUGUUUGAGCCCUAUCAGGUUUUCAAAGUUAUUUCUUUUAAAGACAGACUAAAAAGGAAAAUUAUAUAUAUGAUAUAGAUAAGAUUAUAUAUACAAAAACUUAAUUGUUAGCAUUUUUAGGCCCUGCUGUGAGAAGAAAGUUCCUUUUAUAUUUAAAAAAAGUUUACUUUUUAUCUUUGACAUGCAUGCUGAUUUAUUGUAUUUUUCUUAUACCUUUUUGAACUGUUUAUAGUAAUCAUUCUGUAAAUGUCAGUCAUGGAAAUGACUAAAUCAAGAAAACAGUGCAAGUAGAUUUAGGCUUGAUUAUUGCUAUACGGGCCAGACGGUUGGGAUGUUGGGUCGGAGGCAAUGGUAGAGCUAACAAUUAUUGUAAUCGCCUACCUGGAAUGUCUAGUACAUUUUGUUUUUCAUAAAAUAAAUGACAAAAUACCUUUA